AUGCCUCCAUUAUUGCAGCCAAUAUAUCCGUUAUAUCGCUCAAAAUCAUUGGAAAAAUUAGCAAAUGAUGAGAAAUAUGCAACAUUUUGGCCAAAUCAACAAUAUAGAAAUUGGAGUUUGUAUGAUGAUUACUGGUAUGAUUGUUAUAUGGGAAGUUCACCGCGUUCUCGAACUGAUAAAGCACCAUAUAGCAUGUGGAAUUAUCCAUAUAGUUCUUGGCUAAGAUACAAGAAUCAUCUAUAUGAUUUGCCAUCCAUUUAUCCAUCAUACUACAGCAUGCAUCAUUACGGAUAUAAUGAUAACGCACGCUAUUUGUAUUAUCGAAACUAUUUCACUUAUUAUUCACCAUUGAAUCGUCAAUGGCUUAAAUCUACCAAUAAAUAUGGAAAUUAUUCCUAA